ACAAAUGUCCCGGAUGUUCACUAUAGCAACGAGUCAUUCAAGUCAAAAUGGCGGAAUCGGAGACGAUGAGUGUUGACACCAGCAAUGAUACUGCUGAAGAUCCCCUUCAAGAUCUCACAGAUGAACAGUUAUUUCAACUCGUUGAGGAGACACUACGGGCAAAUGAGGUCCUCGCUGCAGAAACACAAAUGUUUGAGAAAUUUCUCAAGCGUGUUGAGCCAAAGGACGUUCCUGGGGUGGCGGUCCAACCAACCUUGGGAGCACUUCAGUCUCAGUCAACACAGGAAAUGCGAGGCGUGGGACGGAAGCGGUCCAAGUCCCGCAGUAGCAACUUAGACAAGUCCCUCAAACUUACUGCUGAACAGAAAUGUGAUAUUGCUCAGAGAGAAAUAGAAGAGUUACGAGAGGAAAUAGAGAAACUGAAAGAAGACUCUGAGAAAAUCAUGGACACUUACAAGGCAAUAAUGGAGGAGGCUGACAUGCGUCUAGCAGAGAUGAAGAAAGACUCGUAUGAGUUUGACCGAGAUAUUGUCAAGGGUGCAGUGAACCAGAGGACAGCUAAAGUCAUCGCAGAGAAGGUCAUCCGCUAUUUUGAAGAUAAACUCAGAGCAAGAGACACACUUAUUGAAAAGUUGAGACUGAAAAAUUCCACACUGAAAGUACAGAAGAAAAAGCUUCAUCUUCAGCUGAAACAGAAAGAGGAGAUGGGAGAGGUGCUGCAUGAGGUGGACUUCAACCAGCUGAAAAUCGAGAACCAGCAGUACCUGGAGAAGAUCGAUGAACGGAACCAGGACCUGCUCCGUCUCAAGCUGAUGGCUGGGAACACACUGCAGGUCCUCAACUCAUACAAGAAAAAACUCCACACACUCACAAUGGAGUCUGAACGACUUGGAUCAGAGAUAUCCUCGAGAAAUGACUUGCUGUCCAAGAUUGAUGCUGAGACCAAGGUUGUUGAGCAGGAGCGAGCGAAGGCUGAAAACAUUAACCGCAAACUACGUCAGCAGUUGGCAGACUUCCGUGUGCCAGAAGUCAUGGAGUAUGUGUCAGAAAAAGCAGAUCUAUAUGAGAUACAGAAGAAAGUAAAAAGUUGGGAGAGAAAAGUGGAGAUUGCAGAGAUGGCUCUGAAGACCCACAGGAAGACAUGGACACAGAUGCAGAUGGGAACCCUCAAUGGACAAUGGAGGAUGAUUGAAGCAUAGACAAGGCGUUGGGGAGGUCACAGGUGUAGGGGACUGGGUAUUGGUAAUGAUGGGGUGGUUUAUUAUAGUGUGCGUAAUAUUGAACUUAAAGCACAGUAUGUAUAUUGUUGGGGUCUUUGUGUAGGAUAUGGAUCUUAGACAACUGAAUAGCAGCGGUUUUGUUAAUAAAUCAAUGAAAUGAAUUAAAGUAAUUUUCAACAUAGUUAUGAGAAUUCGUGACAGAAUUGUUAAAUUGUAUAUUUAAUGGUCUCAUUAGUAAAUAUCAUGAUGUAUUUAAUCCAAAUAAUACAUACAUACAUACAUAAUUCAAAUCCGUCCAUUAUCUAGAUUAUGGCAAACACAUCAUAGUUUGCUAUAGAGCUUGAAAAUACAUUCUGUAUGUCUGUACACCUUCUGUGUGUGUAGUAUGCCAUUCUUGUCCUAUAUUUGAAUAUGGAUCUCUCUGAAGUGGUAUGCCAACAAUUGUCCUUUGUGAAUGUUUUACUCUGUAUUGUGACUUUCAGAUGUGUCAGGCACCCUUGAAUGUUGUCUUUACACAUUACGCCUAAACUGCCUUUCUUUGAUGUAGCCACAAGUUUACAACAUCAAAAUGUCUUCUUCAUUACAGAAAAUACCAACCCAGUACAUGUUGAAUGAUAAUACCAUGAUAUUAUCAUUGACUAAAUUACCAAACAGCUGGUAUGUCUUGACUGCUGGUGAAGUUCAAGUUUAAUGUCAGUUUCAAUUUGUGAUACAGUGAUUUCCUUCAGCAUUAAGUAACGUAAAUAACGUAAAUAACAUAAAUAACAUAAAUAUGGUACAAUGUUGACUAUAAAGAGAGAACCAAUUAUAAUUGUUCAUUAUAUUAUCAAUAUUUGUCGGAAGAGGCAUCUAGCAUGUUUGAUUGAGAUAGAAAAAUUGUAACCUCUUUCUCAUGGAUUUAGUUUGUUUUCCUUUAUGAACAUGUACUAAAUUUUUUAACAUUUGUUUACCAAAGACUGUGACAUGAUAUUCCAUAUCUGUUGACAAUGAAGUAUUAUGGAGACUUAAUAUGUAUAUCAUAUCUGUCUAAUCUGAAACUGGAAUACGAGGUCUUCACUCCAAUAAAAUUAAAUGUUAUGUAUUCAUACAUGUGUUGUGUAUAACUAUUUGUAAACUUAUUUUUGCAGCAGCAUUUGAAUACAUUGACCUUCUGAUGUCCAUAAUUUUACGAGUGAGGCAUGGAACAUUCAAUUGAUGUUACAUAACUGAAUCUGUGACUGUACAUUUACAACACUUAUAUCGAGUGCACAUCCACUGUCUUGUAAAUAAACUCAGAAUGUUUCCACUCA